AUUUAUGAAUUGGGUGUUUUGCUAGCAUUAUUUAGGAGAAGAGCUUUCUUUAAAAAGUUCAAAGACAAGUGAAAAAUAUAAUAAAAAAAUAUUCUAACCAAAUCGAACCACUAAUAAUUAGAAUCAAACUAAUCUAAUCCGACAACCAAAUAAACCGACCUGAUCAAAAGUCUAGUCCAAGAGGUGACGAUAAUUCUCCAAAUCACAAAAAUUUAAAAACACCAUAACCUAAACCAAUUAUAUCCUACCACGUAAUUUUGAACCGAUAAUUAAUGCAAAAAACAUGAUAAUACCAAAUUUUGAUCCUCACUCUCGAGCUUCUGCUCAAGUCCUCCAAUGGCGGACAUGCUACACACCAACUUCUCUUCCAAUUCCUCCAUUUUCUCUCUCUUCUCACCUCUCACUCUCUCUCCUCAUUCUACCUUCUCCUUCGUUCGCUUCGCUCCUCUUCGUCGCAGAUUCUUUCACUCCUCAUUUGUCACCAAACUCUGCUCUGAUUCUUCGCAAUUUGAGAUAAUUUCUAGAAUUGAGCUCGCUGAUGGUAGUGUCAGUUUCAAAUUCGGUGAUGCGAGUGAAAUUUCUGGAAAUUUGGAGGAUAAUAAUGGCGGAAUUGAAGUGGAAUUGGAGAGAGAAAGUGAUGAAAGUUUAGAAGGUAAUGUUGUUAAUGAUGAUGAGAAUGAUAGUGAGAGGACUAAGGUGGAGAAUUUUGAUAGGAAUAGUGUUGAAUUGAAGGAAAUUGGUGAGGAAAAUGCUGAUAAUGUUGUUAAUUUACAGUCUGAUGCUCAAUUUAGUGGAAAUUCUGUUGAAGAUGAGCAGAAUUGUGGUUUAAAUUCAGUGGUAGGAGUUGAGAAUUUGAGUGAUUUUGAUGCGGGGAAGUAUGAGAAUAAGGGAGGAAAUGGCGACGUUACGAUGCGUGAUUCGAGUGUUGGUGUGGUGAUUGGGAAGGAUGAAGGAUUGAGUGAAGGUUCUAAGGAGAAGAGUGAUGAUGAUGAGGUUGAGCAUGGUGUUGAUGAGCGGUCUAAUGUCGGUGGGAUGAGUUUGGAUGUCAAAGCUUCAGGUGUAGUGGAAACUUUGGAGGAUGAGGUUGUGAAGAAUGAGGUUGUGUCUUUGGAGGAUGAGUAUGUGAAGGAUGGGACUGUCGCGGGCGAUGUUGUGGAGGGUGAUGUAGUGUCUUUGGAGGAGGAUGAGACUGUGAAAGGCGGUAUUUUGGAGGAUGAGAUUGUGAAGGACGACAUUGUGGAGAAUGAGAUUGUGAAGGCCGGUGUUGUGGAGGAUAAGGUAGUGUCUUUGGAGGAAAAUGGGAUUUUGAAGGGGGACAUUGUGAAGGAUGAAAUUGUGGAGGAUAUGAUUGAGGAGGAUAAGGUAGUGUCUUCGAUGGAAGAGACUCUGAAGGGCGACAUUGUGAAGGACGUGUUUGUAGAGGAUGAAAUAGAGGAGGGUAAGGUGAUGUCUCUGGUGGAAGAGACUAUUAAGGGUGACAUCCGUGACAUUGUGAGGGAUGAGAUUGAGGAAGAUAAGGUAGUGUCUUCGAUAGUAGAGACUAUGAAGGACAACAUUGUGAAGGACGAGAUUGUGGAAAAUGAGAUUGGGGAGGGUAAGGUAGUGUCUUUGGUGGAAGAGACUGUUAAGGACAACAUUGUAAAGGAAGAAAUUGUGGAGGAUGAUGUUGAGGUGGAUAAGGUAGUGUCUAAAAUGGAAGAGACUGUUGAGUGCGGCAUUGUGAAGGACGAAAUUGUGGAGGAUGAGAUUGAGGAGGAUAAGGUAUUGUCUUUGGUAGAUGAGACUCUGAAGGGCAACAUUGUGAAGGACAAGAUUGUAGAGGAUGAGAUUGGGGAGGGUAAAGUAGAUUCUAUGGUGGAGGAGACUGUUAAGGGCGACGUUGUGAAGGACAAAAUUGUGGAGGAUGAGAUUGAGGUGAAUAAGGUUGGGUCUUUGGUGGAUGAGACUAUGAAGGGUGACAUUGAGGACAAGGUAGUGUCUUUUGUAGAUGAUACUGUGAAGGACGACAUUGUAGAGGGUGAGAUUGAGGAGGAUAAGGUAGUGUCUUCGGUGGAUGAGACUGUGAAGGGCGACGUUGUGAAGGAUGAGAGUGAGGAAAAGGUAGUGGCUUUGGAGAUUGAGAUUAUCAAGGGCAGUAUUGGGAAGGACGACAUUGUGGAGGAUAAGGUAGUAUCUUUGGAGAAUGAGACUGUGAAGAAUGGGAUUGUGGAGGACGAGAUCGUGGAGGAUGAGAUUGUUAAAAAGGCAGUUGUGAAGGAUGAGAUUGCGGAGUAUACAUCAGUGUCUUUGAAGGAUGAGACGGAGAAGGCAUGUGUCCUUACGGUUAAUCACCCAAUACCAAUGGAUGAGGAUGACGAUUCAGUAGAAUUGAUGUCUAAAAAGUUCGAAGCAGAACCAAUUCUUGAAGAAGAAACGAGUUCUGAGUUGCAAGAUGAUGUUGUUGGCUUGGGAUCAUUUUUAGACUCCAACAAGGUUCAUGAUGCCAUAAAUAAUACUGUUACACAAUCUGGUGAUGAUAUUACUAAUAGUCUGGUAGCAGCGGGUCCUAUUACAUCAGAGAUAUCUUCACCAGAAAUUGGUCUUGACAGUCUGAACGAAGCGGAACCCUCAUCUCCUGCCUUUUCUCUUUCAUCAGCUGUUGCAUCAUUGGAACAUUUUCCUGAGGCUUUGACAGGUGGAAAGGAUGCCCAUUUUGUUUCCAAGAACUGGUUUGGUGUGGCAGACGGCGUUGGUCAAUGGUCCCUUGGAGGAGUGGACAUGGGAUUGUAUGCUCACGAAUUCAUGCAGAACUGUGAAAAGCUACUAAAGAGCACGAGUGCUAGAUUAACCAACGUUAAACAGCUUCUCCAGCAAAGUGCUGCAAUAACACAAUCUACUGGUGCAGCUAGGGUUUUGAUUGCUCACCUUGACAAAGAGGUCCUCCAUGUGGCAAAUAUUGGGGACUCGGGAUUUGUUAUAAUACGGAAUGGGACCGUCGUCCAAAAAUCUUCUCCAAUGGUUCAUGAGUUCAGUUUUCCUUAUGCAAUUGGUUUGGGUGAUGAUUCAGUGGAAGAUGCUGAGGAAUACCAUAUUGAUUUAGAAGAUGGCGAUGUGAUCAUAACAGCAACUGAUGGCCUUUUUGAUAAUCUAUAUGAUCAAGAAAUUGCUUCCAUGGUUUCUAAAGUUCUGGAAGCUGGGAUGACUUUACAGGACCUAGCAGAACUCUUAACAACCACAGCAGCAGAAGUGGGGAGGUCAGAAUCUGCAAGAAGUCCCUUUGCUGAUGCAGCAAAGGCGGCUGGUCAUCCUGGAUACAGUGGUGGCAAGCUUGAUCACGUGACUGUUAUAGUGUCACUUUUACAAAAAAGAUAGGUUUUUUUAGAUAGUUAGUAGUAUUGAUCUGCAAAGCCAUCACUAAGCAAUAAGAGGAAAAAUGAUUUUAAGGGCAAUGUAACCAUAUGUACGCCCCAACCCCAAAUCCUCCAUUUGGCAGACAUUUAUGAGCUCUGUAGUCUGUACUAUUGUAAUACUACUUGAUGAUACCAUGAUGCAAAUUUUUUACCCCUGUAGAUAAAACCAAAAUUACAGGAUGAUGACACUUA